CUUCCGAAGCUUUUACAUACAUAGCUUUUUUUGUUCUACAUCUUUUAUCUUUUGAGACAUUACAAUUUGGUGUGUUAUUAGUAAGCAUUUUCUCAUAUGACAAGAGUAUUAAUUCUUACAAAAUAAAAAUAUCUAUAAGAAAAAAUAAAAGACACUAAGAAACUAAUAAAUUUGUUAAAAUAAUAUUUUAUUUAUGGAGUAAUAUAAUAUUAAUUAACAUAAUGAUAUAAUGACAUUCAUUUGGAGCAUUAUCAUCACCAAUUGGGUGAUUAAUUUUACCUUUAGUAUCAUUGUUUUGAAUUCUUGAUAUACCAAGUAUAUAUUUUUAACAUACGACGGGUACUAUGAUUUUUUAUAUUGGAAUCAUUGUAUCAUCUUUGUUUGUAAUCCUCUUUUUGUCACUUAUAGUGUCAAAAUACGUUCGUGGAUAUGUCAUUGUAAUAAUCCAAAUAGAUGGUAAAUGAGUAGAGUUUUAUGAAUUUAUACUCAUACACAUUUAUUUGGGUUUAGUUGGGAUUUUAGUUAAUGGAUUUGUACACAUAUCCAUUUACAAAUUACAAUUUGGUACCUAAACCUAAAAUGUAUUUAGAGUUAGUACCUCAAUUUAUUUUUUUUUGCAUAUAAGUCCUCAAAAUAUCGAUAGAAAAUUACAUUUUAGUAUCUAAAUUUUUUGUGUAUUACAUUUAGGUACCUAAACUUUUUGAAUUUUAUAAAUAGGUCCAUUUUUUUUAUGUGUUGUUAGAACCUCAAGUACAUGGGUAUCAAAACCCAAUACAAGCCCAUUUAGAGUAUGAAAAUCAAUAUCCAUACCCAUCUCAAACCCACCCCAAAUCCAUAUGUACCUCACUCAUACCCUACUCAUAAUUAAUGGUUUUACUUGGAUUUGGGCAAAAAUUACCCAUGGGUGAGUAAAUUGUCAUCUCUACGCAAGAGCGAACCAGUGUAUAGUCCGCUUGACACGGGAGCGAAUCGCGCCAAAAUCUAGUAUUUUCGAGACUAUUUUUGUAAGUAUGGUAUGGUGGAAUUUUUUCUUUUUAUAGUAACUUAUUUAUUUUGGGAAAAAUUCCAAUAACAUGUUGAAUUUUCCCCUACCAUGUCGUCGUGGAUUGGCUUCGUGGCGGGGUGGCGGAGUUGAUUUCGGUCCAAUUAAAGUUAGCACCGUGAAAUCAGCCACCCUUUCUCGGCGAAAUCGUGCAGAAAAGGAAGCGCGGAAGAAGCGAAGAAAAAACACGACUACACGACGCGAUAAAGAAGAAGAAGAAGAAGUAAAAAGGUCAAAGGAGUAUUUCAUUUUCACCAUAUAAAAAAAAAAGAUUAAAGAAGAAAGGGGAAAAAAAGGCGGCCGUACAUAGUCAGUCGUCUCCACCCACUAGGACUCCCCCGUUGAUCCUUUUCUGAAGCGAUCCCUCCCAAACUCGAAUCGUAAAUGGUCGGGGGUGUUGCCGGCGGCGUGACGCCCGCACCCGCCGCCGGUGGAUUCAGGGCGGAGCCACAGUACGUCUCGGCGAAGACUUCCGUCUGGUGGGACAUCGAGAACUGCCAGGUCCCCAAGAACUGCGACGCCCACGCGAUUGCGCAGAACAUCAGCUCCGCCUUGGCUCGCGUCAACUACUGCGGCCCCGUCUCCAUCUGCGCUUACGGCGACACCAACCGGAUUCCGCCUCUCGUUCAGCAGGCUCUCUCAAGCACCGGCGUCACCCUCAAUCACGUCCCCGCCGGUGUGAAAGAUGCAAGUGAUAAGAGAAUCCUGGUUGAUAUGCUGUUCUGGGCGGUUGACAACCCUGCGCCGGCGAAUUACCUGCUUAUAUCUGGAGAUCGCGAUUUUUCCAAUGCCCUUCAUCAGCUUCGGUUUCGGAGAUACAACAUCCUGUUAGCGAAGCCGCAGAAGGCUUCAGUUCCCCUUGUUGCCGCUGCCACCGCGGUUUGGCUCUGGUCUAGCCUUUGCACAGGAGGUGCUCCAAUGCCUCCAACUGUAUCUUCUCAACCCUCCGGCGGUGAUAAUGACAACCAGACCAGUUCCACCACUGGAAUGCCACAGAGCGGUAGGCAUUCGGGUGAGCCUGUGAGACCUAAAGGCCCUGUGCAGCCUGUCACUUCUACAGCUACUACUGCUGGAUUUGGGAAUCAUAGUUCCUAUGGUAAUGGCAGUGGCAAUGCUUUUGAUCCCGGAUUGAACGAGAAGCACGUUCGUAGUAACGGGAACGCAGCAGCUAACCAAGUUGGAGGCCAGGGAAAUAUGCAAGCAAAGCAGUUUAAGAAGGCUCCGCACGAGUUCUUUGGAGGCGGGGAACCCGGGAAUAGUUAUUCUGGUAAUGCCUUUACAAAUACAUCUUAUGCUCCCAUGGGAGAUCCUAGUAGUAACAACAUGUACAUGAACCUGAAUCAGCAGAACUCAACUCACCAAAACUAUCCUUUGAGGCCUAAUACCUUACCCCAGCAACACCAACCUACUUUUGCAUCAGAUCAUAUGCCUACUACUCAUCAUAAUCAUGGGUAUCGUCCGAUCCCACCCAGACCUGAUUUUAGAUAUCCAUCACCCUCUGUUCCACCCAGACCUGAUUUUAGAUAUUCAGCACCUCCCGUUCCACCCAGACCUGAAUUUAGACAUUCAGCACCUUCCGUUCACAAUGUGCCUGACAUUGGGAAGCUAAGUAUAUCUCAAACCCCAAAUUAUGCUCCAAAUUCUUCUAAUUUCAGACGUGAACCUCCACAAGAGUACAAUGCUGGCUCUUUUCAGUCUUUGCAUGUUCCUUCGUUUAGUGCACCACCUCCAAACCAUGUCAUGCAGGAGCAUGGUGGCCAGGCCAAAUAUUGGCGCCCUCGUGGUCCUUCACCUCCACAAAACUUAUGUACCCUAUCUACUAGCACUAGCGUGUCUUCCAAUGAUGCGACUCAAGAAACUCAACCACAGUUGGCUUCUUCAGAUCAUGUUAAUGGUCUUAUGACGGUUAUCCUCCGUGCUCUAGAUAUCCUGAAGCACGAAAAAGUAACUCCUAGCAAAGCAAACAUUAGUUACUGCAUCCGUUUUGGGGAGAAUCAAGAACAUCAGAAUGUUGAUGUGGAGGUGGCUCUUGACUAUGCAAUCAAGUAUAAGAAGGUAGUAAAGCAAACAACAGGUUCCUUCCAGGUGUUUAUCCCUAAGAAUGGGACCCUGUGGAUGUGUGUGAAUCCCAAGUGUCCUGAUCCUGAAAAGUACCCAGCAGGAACGUGGGAUAAGAUAAAGAAGUUUAUAACUUCUGAGAACGGGAGAUCAGCAUUGUUGGCUUCUGAAUGCAGAUAUGAAGCUGCUAUGAUUCUGAAACGCGCAUGCUUGGAAGAUCUUGUGUUAGGCGAGGUUUUAUGUAUCAUAGAGAUGAUGAUUGAUAUGAAGAAAUGGAUUGGUCCUCAUGAAUCAGGAUGGCAACCUGUCAGUAUUAUAUCCUGCGAAGAAUUUAAGAUCCGAGAUAAAAAGUGCCAAGGAGGCGCCACAAUAUAAUCAUUGACGGACACUCUUGCAGUAAAAGGAAAACCAAGGUAAUGAUUCGAGGGAGUGAGUAUUAGUAAAAUGCAAGAGCAGAUCCGAGAUAAACGCAGAGCUACUUUAGUAUGUUUUCACUUGAGAAGUAACUAGGUGAAAAUGAGAUGGAAUGGAAGAUUCAUCGUAUUCAAAUUUAAAAGUUGAUAUCUGCUCAGGACAAGUCUUGCUUGCUAGAUACAGAUAACAAGGUAGUCAGCAGGACAAGAUCAAACUUGUUGGCUUAUCAAGGUCAUGAAGCGUCAAAGAACGGGCUAUGAAUGCGGUAUACGCAGCAUGGCAUAUGUGUGUUCGAUUAUUUUGUUUUUGCGUCGGAGAAUAGAAUUUAGAAGCUGGGUUUGAGCAGCUUUACAUGGUCGGUUGGGAUGACUCUUUUAACUCAAACAUGAAAGUGUCUGAAUAGGCUGUAAUGGCUCUUCCCUGUUCCGGUGACUCUGCUAGCAUUUUGGGGUGGUUUCUCUUUAUUUGAACAAUUUCAUUUUCACGUGUAUUUUCUGUUUCUACAAUUGUCAUGGGUAGAGUCCCUAUCCAAUCUCAGAUCUGGUAAUGAGAAGUGAACAUAUCCUUUUGCAGUCUUUCUUAUUGCAUACUCGUGUAUAUGAUAGUUGUGGAGAGAUCAGAAUUCUUAUGGUCUUGGUAGGUUACAUACUUGACUUAUCGGUUUUGAGUGGGGUUAUAAUCCAAGUAAGAACGGUAAAAUAACCGAUCACUGUUAGUAUCCAACCGAAUUAGAAUAGAUUUUGUCUUGAAAAAUCUAAUCGAUGUUAUUUUAGGCGAGUUUCCCCUGAAAUCGAUAAUGAAAGGUAAUAAAUUUGUCGUUGAUUUGUAUUUUAAGUAUCGGCACCAAAUCGAUCCAAAUGUGUCUUAUAAAUUAUAAUUAUGUUC